AUGCACGAAGGUCCUGCUACAUCGGGAUCCACAUCAUCAUCAAAGACACCAUCGACUUCCUUUACUCCACCUGAUUGGACGCCAAGCUCACGCUACUCUCGAGGCUCAUUCAUAGCUUUUGCAGGAUGUCUGUGGAGAUGCGAGGUCGAUCAUACCAGUUCGGAUGGCGAGAGAGGCAUUCCACCGAACAACCUCCACCUUUGGACACCAUUUGCCCCAAUGUUUGCGCCUCGGCCACCCAACUCGGCAAAUGCUGAGCAACCUCCAUCUUAUGGCUACCCUUAUUAUCCAGCUCAUCAGAUCUCAUCGGCAUCAGCCGAGGAGAAACAUGAUGAAGUGUUCGCCUCGGACUCAGAGGAUGAUUCUGGCCAUUGGACCGUGAUCGAUCGCGGAGGAUCAGAGGAUCUAGUAGCUUCUCGUCAAGCUACGGCGAUGGAGGAGAAGCAUGUGGCAAAGUCUCGACCCGAGCUCGAAGCUGAGCUUCAUGGUGAUCGCGUUUGGAAAUCGGCAGGAAUUGGGAUCUGGAGUUUCAGUCUUGAUCCCAAUGAGGAGCAAAACAAGGCGUCUGUGUGGAGAGAAUGGAAUGAUCGACCGAGUAAAGAUGCCUGGAUCAAAGCCGCGAGAGCCAGGACAAGGGUGUACAAUGAUGCCUUGCAGACCCCCAAGCCCGUUGUCAUGUGGAAGCUCGUGGAAGGAGGGGAAAGUUUCCCCUCCGACGCCAUUCCUGUAGGGCACGAAGCAGAUGGGCAGACGUUGUUCGCCGCUCGGUCGCUGUACGCCGGCGGUCUUCAUCUGGGCAAGGCCUCGCACACAAUGUUCAAGGGAUCAUCCAUUUCCUUUGCGGGUAAAGAGCUCAUCACCGAUACGUUUGAAGUUUUAUGCGGACCUAGAGAUCCUAGAACGCUUCAAUGGAAGAAAUAUAGGCAUGGGGAAAAAGCCGUCGUGGGCAAUUGGCAGCCUGUCGAAGGAGGCCGCGAGGCCGACGGACGAGCUUUGUUGAUCUCACGGGCCGAGCAUGCACACGGUCUUCAUCCCGGUAAAAUCCUAGUCGGCGACGAUCAUGCCUGUCUUGGAUACGGCGGUGGCGAAGUCUGGGUCCGACCGUUUGAGGUCCUGGCAUACUCGGCCAAAGCCUGA